AUGUCGGAAAAACCGCUAGAAGAGAAGCCCACAACUUCCAAAUCGAUCUCCGAUGUUCUCGAGGAGUCAGUUGGAGAAUUUUCGCGAGAAAAGUCCGAGAAAAGCAUGGAAGAAGAGGAUUUGGGAGACAAAGAGAAUGAAUCAGACGAAGAACUGGAUGAGUCGGCUCUUCCCUCAUCUAUUGAACCCAUCGAAGUUGAUACCUCCGGAAAAUUUGGUUGGGUCCAUGAUUUCAAUGAGGAGUAUGGGAUAAAGACCAAAACAUGGUUCAGAAAGUGAGUGUUUUCUAUUUUUUGUUGGCUUUUAGAUGAAGAGCGUCACAUGGAGACUUGUAAUGGUUUAUGAAGGCUAUAUUGGUGUUUGAGUUGCCUAAUUUCGCUCUUUCAACGUCUUUCAAGCAUCAACUUUUUAAAAUUAUGUUAGCCAUGGUUGAAUGCUAUGAUUGCUGUUGAAAAAAGCGGAUUGAUGGUUAGCAACUUGUUUAUAUAGGGGAUAAAGUCUUGUCUAGAAAGAAUGAGUUGAAAGUAAACCUAGAAAACAGAUUUUUUGAAACUUUUUUGCCAUGGAUAAUAUAACUUCCGCAUUUUUCUUCAUAAACACAAAAAAACAGUUCAUUGGUGUGUCUUUUGUUGAGUCCCGAGACGAAACCUACGACUACGUUAUUGGCAUUCCGUUUCAUUCGAAGCUUCUCGAAGCCUAGAAGAAAAGGGAGCUCAGUUGUUACAUAUUAUUCAGUGAAUGUUUGGUGUUACGCUACGUUUUGUUAUUAUUAUUCUGUAAUAAACCUCUCUAUAUUUGUUACCCUACAUCUGGCUGACUACAUACCUUCACAACUACACGUGAAGAUACAACAAUUGGCGCAGUCAACACGAGCAGAAGAAGAUUACGACGUGGAAUCAGAUCAAGAGCACUUCUACAGAAGCAGUUCAGCUGUCCACCUUCUACUGCAACUUCGAACCAGGUACUCUUCGAAUUUUUUGUUCUCGCCUUUAGAUUCUGAAUCUUCCUCGCGGAAAACAGAAUUCCCACACCCCUACACUCCUCGUACACCCAUUUCAAGGAUAAUUUUGACUCCUUCUGUCAAAAAUUAUAUUCCACUUGACAUCAGAAUGGAAGACGUGAACCUGGGAAAUUCACAUGAACCUACAGUCUCAUCUGAAGUCAACGAGCUGAAGAAGUACCACAGUCAGCCAGAGCACACCCAUUCACUCCCCCUUUCUUCAAACUCUUCCAAUACACGGAAGUGCUACAGAUGUAACGGCCCACGUGCACAUGAAUGCCUAAAGAACUCAAUCGAAGGAAGCUUUAACAAAGGCAAGGCCAACAUCAACGUCGUCGAAUACUACGCUCAGACGAUGGUUUCUCAAUACACGGAGAAUUUCAAAGAAGAAAUGGGGCAAGGUACACAUUCAAUUCAAAUGCGGGAAGAUGAUACACAGAUCCCGACGUUCAAGUGCACGUUCAAUUCAAGUAAAGGAAGAUGCUACACAGAUCCUUUACGUUUCAAUUCAAAAGAAGGAAGAUGUUACACAGGUCCUUCUCAGUUCAAUUCAAUCAGAAGAUGCUACACAGAUCUCCUGGACGACAAAGUACAAUUGUCGCUUUCAAUUGGCCAUGAUCUACAGAUCAUGCAAUCCCAGAUUCCUCAGAGAAUCAAAGAGCUUCCCAAGAAUUCCCCUUUCAAGGACCCUGAUCCAUGUCCAUGUUCAGAAAAGUGGAAUAUAAUUUUUGACAGAAGGAGUCAAAAUUAUCCUUGAAAUGGGUGUACGAGGAGUGUAGGGGUGUGGGAAUUCUGUUUUCCGCGAGGAAGAUUCAGAAUCUAAAGGCGAGAACAAAAAAUUCGAAGAGUACCUGGUUCGAAGUUGCAGUAGAAGGUGGACAGCUGAACUGCUUCUGUAGAAGUGCUCUUGAUCUGAUUCCACGUCGUAAUCUUCUUCUGCUCGUGUUGACUGCGCCAAUUGUUGUAUCUUCACGUGUAGUUGUGAAGGUAUGUAGUCAGCCAGAUGUAGGGUAACAAAUAUAGAGAGGUUUAUUACAGAAUAAUAAUAACAAACGUAGCGUAACACCAAACAUUCACUGAAUAAUAUGUAACAACUGAGCUCCCUUUUCUUCUAGGCUUCGAGAAGCUUCGAAUGAAACGGAAUGCCAAUAACGUAGUCGUAGGUUUCGUCUCGGGACUCAACAUCUUUCAGCUACGAAGACAUGGUCCGCUGUUUGACGUGGUAUCAACUCAAAACGGGGAUUCGGUUGAUCAGAUCUGGCGGUUCGAGAGCUCUCACCGAAGCCGAUGGAGUCAGUAAAGAGACGGUGAAGAGAUUCGUUUUUGACAAAGUCAAGUACCUCUGCUCCCAUCAUGGGCCAAAGGGAGUGAAUUGUAAUUUCCGAAUCAUAAUUUCGUACAACAAUGACGCCGACAUGCUCAAAAUUGUGUUUACGAUGCUGCACCACAGUCAUCGGCCGACGGACGUCUCAGCGAUUUACGACUCAACGGCUAGAGCGGGAAAUGAAUACAUAUCAUUGUGUAGGUUUUUGAGGGCGUUUUUGGUAAAAAUUGAGACUUAAAAAAUGGUUGUUUUUGGCGGUACCACACAAGAGAAUGGUCCAACGAUCCAUAAGAUACGCUGAUUAGACUAGAAUAUUCAGAAAGAACAGGUAAAAUUGGUGUAAAUCCCAUUAAAAGCGACGAGAAAUAUCGACUGAAAGUUUCAACUGAAUUUCCGCUCGUUAUCCAGUACAAGAAAUCAAAAGGAAAGAGAUGUGACCGUUAGUAUAGUGGGAAAACCUUCGCUUACAAAUCCUUUUAAGUGCCAAGAUCCGGGGUUCAAAUCCAGUCGGAAACAAACUACUCAAGUUUUGUUGAAGUCAAAUAUUUUGGAAAUUUUGAUCAAAUUUAGCACAAAACGGUCUGGGAAAGUGUUUGCUCUCCAUUUGCAAAGUUUUUUAUAUAUCUUUGUCGAUGUCCCAAACAGUUUUAUGAUAAUUUUGAUCAAAAGAUUCUAAAAUAUUUGAAUUUCAACCGUACAGUAGCGGACCUGAUCCAGUGGUAAAAAACGUACCAUUUUGCAUCCGAGAAGCAUCAAAAACGCAGCAAAAUACCUCCCUCUUCAAGUGAAAAAACUUCGUUUUGAAGAGCGCGUUAACAAGAAGAACAGGAGCGCUUUUGAAAUUGGAGUUUUUCACUUGGAGAGGGAGGUAUUUUGCUGCGUUUUUGAUACUUCCCAGAUGCAAAAUGGCACAUUUUUUGCCACUGGAUCAGGUCCGCCACCGUAGUAGUUUGUUUCCGACUGGAUUUGAACCCCGGAUCUUGGCACUCAAAAGGAUUUGUAAGCGAGGGGUUUCCCACUGUACUAACGGUCACAUAUCUUUCCUUUUGAUUUCUUGUACUCGAUGAAGAGCGGAAAUUCAGUCGAAACUUUCACUCGGUAUUUCUUGUCGCUUUCGAUGGGAUUUACACCAAUUUUACCUGUUCUUUCUGAAUAUUGGAAUCCGGUCAACGUAUCUUAUGGAUCGUUGGACCCUUUCCCUUGUGAGGUACCCCGAAAAACAACCAUUUUUUUGAAAGCAGAGUACAGUGGCGGACCUGAUCCAGUGGCAAAAAAUGUACCGUUUUGCAUCCAGGAUGCAUCAAAAAUGUGGCAAAAUACCUCCCUCUCCAACUAAAAAAACACGCCCUUCAAAACGGAGUUUUUUAGUUGGAGAGGGAGGCAUUUUGCCACAUUUUUUGAUGCUUCCCGGAUGCAAAAUGAUACGUUUUUUUGCCACUGGAUCAGGUCCGUCACUGUAGGCCGAGGUUGACUCACCUGAAAACGCCGAAUUCGAAGAUGUUCUGCGGAAAAUCUCGCUUUCAAAAAGUCGUAUUUCAGCUAUAAUUCAAGUAUUUUCAGUACGAAGUCUCCGACCAGAAGUCCCAUUUGAAGAUUACUACACAAAAUCCGAGAUCAAAACCGAAAAAGCCUCGCGGCUGAUCAACAAAAAAGAAUCCAGCGGCCUCUUAUACCUAACAGAAUUGUUCUCCAAACUCGGUGAAGCCAUGUUCAGCGCAUAUUUGAAGAAGAGCUUGAAGAAAACGACGAAGAGGGGAAGAAAAUCCAAAAGUAACGAGUUGACGGAAGAGUAA